AUGAAUAAACCAACGUUAAUAUUAAUUGGUGGGGGAACUGCUGCUGGAAAAUCUUCUAUAGCUGAGUUUAUUUCUAAAGAAAUUAAAAAAAAUUUAAGCAAUAAUCCAAAAAGUAUUCAUGAUGCGAAAUUAAAGAAUAUAUUAAUUAGCCUUUUAAAACGAGAGAGGAUUGUUUAUCCUAGACUUGAAAAAGUAGUAAAAAAUAGUGUAAAUACUGAGUUAAUUUUUCACGAAAAUGGUGAAACGAAAGAUCCUGCAGAUAUAAUAAUAGUUGAAGGAGUUCAUGCUUUACAAUUUGAAAGUAUUAAUAAACUAGCAGAUUUAAAAAUUUAUGUUUCUGCUGAUGAUGAUAUUAGAUUAAUGAGAAAAUUAAAACGAAUAUCAAAAGGAAUAAGACAGAAUCUUAAUCAUGAAGAAAGAUUAAAUUUUUUAUUUGAUCUUAUGGAUAGAUGGAUUUGGUUAGCAAGAGCGGAUCAUAUAAAAUUUAUUUUACCAACUAAAAAAUCAGCCGACCUUAUUAUUGAUAAUAAUCCUGAAAAUAUUGCAAAUAAUUCUAAACUUAAACAAAUAAUUCAUCAUUGUAAUAAUAAAGAAAAGUUCGAAGUGAUGAAAAACCAAGAAAAGAGAAGAGACCAGAAA